UGUUGGCGGGAAUUACCGUAGUUGCACUGGUAUUACAAGUCCUCAUUCUUUACCGUAGUGAUGUGUAUGUGCACAACCGUGAACCCCUUGGUGACCGACGUAGCCUUAUGGGUGCUGCACUGGAGGAACAAUUCGAACCAAAAAAGCACGCUGUGUCAGGGAUCGAAUCUCUCACUGCUGACUGGAGACAAGAGGCGACAAUUUUCCCCACUGCAAACCUGACGAAUCGUCUGUUGACGAUCGGGAUACCGACAAUUCAGCGACAGAAGAGCACCUACUUCUUUAAUACGCUCGAGUCAUUAUUCAAUUGCACUACCAAUGCCGAGCUGCCUGACAUCUACAUCGUUAUCUUCCUUGCUGAUUUCAACGAGGAGUGGAAGGAAAACAUCACCAACACUCUGACCCGGAAGUAUUCCUAUUAUAUCCGGUCAGGCCUGUUACAGGUCGUCCACGCACCACGCAACUUUUAUCCGUCGCUGUCAAAUCUACAACAUACUUAUAACGACCCAGAGGAAAAACGGAAGUGGCGUUCAAAACAAAACGCUGAUUACGCAUUUCUGUUUAUGUACGCAAAACCGUUGUCCACAUAUUAUAUGCAGUUGGAGGACGAUGUAUACACUGUGCCGGGGUACAUGCAAAGUAUCAGAGAGCAUAUACAGAAAGAAUCGCAAGGAUGGGUGUGUCUGGAAUUUUCCGAAUUAGGAUUUAUAGGAAAGUUGUUCCAUUCUAAAGAUUUGGAAAAAUUAGCUAAAAUAACAUUAUUAUUUUACGAGGAACAACCUGUGGAUUUCACAUACUUGUAUUUUAAUAUAUUAAUGUUACAAUUUGAAAGACGGAUUAUUCAUCCGACUUUGUUUCAACAUAUUGGUGUACAGUCAUCACUCAAUGGGAAAAUUCAGCCAUUGAAAGAUAAAUAUUUUGACGUUAUGAAAAAGCAGUUUAAUGGAGAUAAUCCACCUGCUAAAGUGUUCACUACCAUAGAAACGAUGCCAGAUUUCCCGCCACAAUUGGCUUACGAAUUGAGCGACGGCUAUUUUUGGACCCACAUGGCACCUAAAGAUAAGGACACUAUUACAAUCGUAUUCAAUACACCACAGCAUAUUGACAAGGUAAUCAUAGAUACGGGUUCAAAAGAACACCCGACCGACCGUCUGGAGAACGGCAAGCUUGAUGCUAGCCUCAGUUUGGUCGAGAAAACUGACACAUUAGCCGUGUGUACAAACGACAUUUUCCUUGGCACAUUUCAAAACGGGAUGAUAAAAGUGACAGAUUUAGGGAAAAAACUAGGCCCUUUCACGGUGCACUGUCUUCGUGUAACAGCAACUGCAGACCAAGCGUUUUGGCUGAUUGUUCGUGAAAUAAGUGUGUUUACCAGUAAAGAACUAGAAGUCAAACAACCUAUCAAUGCAUAGACCAGUGAUUGCUUUCAAAUGUCUUUUUUUUCUGUUGGCAAAAGUAAGCAUUUUAGAAUUCCACUUUUGUGUUUCAUCGAUUUUCAGAAAAGAAAUAUCCGCAAAAGUCUUCAUAGCUUUAACGAAGCGAACAUAUUUUGUUGCAUUUUCAACUCCAUUGCUUGUAUAUUUUCACAUAUUGCACUCAUAAACAUGUAUCGAAAUAAAUUUUAUAAGCUAAAUGUAUCUACAUAUUCCAAGUGAAAUAUAAGGUUUUCAACGGUGAAAUCAAGUUCCUGUUUAUUCUUGUGUAAAAAAAUACAAUGUAUUUUUGUUUUACAUUUAACAGACCAAAGAUUCUCAUUUCCUGUGGAAAAGACAGCUUUGUUUGCAAUUUGAAUUCGACGUCAUAAUCAAAUGGGCCGGGGGCAUUGACGAUUAGCCAUGUCCCUUCAGUAGCUUAUAUACAUGUAUAUAGUAUGUCUGUCAAUAUCGGGUGUAAUAAAAUAGGAAAACCUUUCGUAUUUUUAUGAGCAUCAACUAAUUCCAACUAGUGGAAUGAACAUUUUUCAUAGAUAUGUUUAAUUUUUAUGUAAUAUGUUUUGUGAAGACUACUAGAGAUAUAAAAUAGCGUUUAUUGUUUUUCUAUGUAAUAUGUAUACAUCAUUUUAGACUGUUCUGUUAUUUACCUGGAAGAGAGGCCUUUGUAAAUGAACAGUUGCCCUAAAAUAAAUAAGAUUUCGAGAUACCAUGUUCUUCAUUAAACCACAUUUUGUCGGUCUUUUUCAAUAUAACAUCUUUGGUCUUUUGGGGAGGACAUUGAGUUUCCAGUAUAAUAAUAUAAUUAUAUUUUGAAGGCAAUCAGCCGCUACUUAAAGUAUAACUGUUUAGACAGCACGGCGUCAAUUAUCAUUGUGUUCGCCAAUGAUGUUUGCAUAGUGAUUAAAUAUACUUGAGUAUCUUGCAUGUGAUGCUAUUUUUUGCUAUGACACUUCUCUAACAACUCUCCAUGAUGCCUUCUAAUGGUAAGCCCACAAAAGGCACGAGUGAGUGUGUAUUAAACCUUUCGCAUUGAUUGGCUGAAAUUUUGAUGUGAUUUUGAUUAAAUUUAUCUCAGUGACUAAGUAAUGAGCGCUGCUCUCUCUGUCUAUCUCUCUCUGUUACCUAUGGCAAGCCGUUUUAACAUUAAAUACCAUUUCAUCUUUAGGUAAAAUAUACUUCAAAUGUAUUUCACUUAAGUGAAAUUCUUUUUACCUAAAGAUAUAUAAACGUUUUUUUGCAUUAUGUAUUAUUUCACUUAAGUAAAAUAUAAUUUAACUUAAGUGAAAUAUUUUUUAUUGACCUUAAUUAUAUAAGAGGAAAUCUUUUAAACUUACGUAGAAACAAAACAUAAUGCAAAUAAAUAUUAUCCAACCUCUCAUCAAUAUUGGACUGGUCCACUUAUUGGCUCAUCAUUGUGUGUAUUGUUAAACCAAUCGGAGCAAUCGUUUUUAUUUCAAAAUGAUUCCUGAGCAGUGUACAUGCAAAUAAAACUUUUCAAGUUCAC